GGCCACGGGGUGAUUUUUUUUUUGGGCAGCGCUGAGGGCUCCAUCCAUGCUCAGCCCUUCCUGGGGUGCUGCCCCCUCGGUGUUGCGGGGCUGGCGGAGGCGCUGCUGGAGAUGCAGAGCACCCCAAACUACCUCUGGAGCACCGAGGACCUCCUGGGCCAGGGCGCCACGGCCUGUGUCUACAAAGCUCGCAAUAAGAAAUCGGGGGAGCUGGUUGCUGUCAAGGUCUUCAAUAAUGCCAGCUACCUCCGGCCCCAGGAGGUCCAGAUGAGAGAGUUUGAGAUGCUGAGGAAGUUGAACCAUAAAAACAUUGUCAAGUUAUUUGCCGUGGAGGAGACGGGCAGCAGCAAGCAGAAGGUGCUGGUGAUGGAGUACUGCUCCAGUGGCAGCCUGCUGAACGUGCUGGAGGAUCCAGCAAACGCUUUUGGCUUGUCUGAGUCCGAGUUCCUCAUCGUGCUGCAGUGUGUGGUGUCAGGGAUGAACCACCUCCGCGAGAACGGCGUUGUCCACAGAGACAUCAAACCCGGCAACAUCAUGCGGCUGAUGGGGGAGGACGGGCAGAGCAUCUACAAGCUGACGGAUUUUGGGGCCGCCCGAGAGCUGGACGAUGAUGAGAAGUUUGUGUCUGUCUACGGGACGGAGGAAUAUCUCCACCCCGACAUGUACGAGCGUGCUGUCCUGCGCAAGCCGCAGCAGAAGGCGUAUGGCGUCACCGUCGACCUCUGGAGCAUCGGUGUCACCUUCUACCACGCCGCCACCGGCAGCCUCCCCUUCGUCCCCUUCGGGGGACCUCGCAGGAACAAGGAGACCAUGUAUAAAAUCACCACCGAGAAGCCUCCCGGAGCCAUCGCGGGGGUCCAGAGGCAGGAGAACGGGACCAUCGAGUGGAGCUACGAGCUGCCCCUCACUUGCCGCCUCUCCACGGGGCUGAAGGACCAGCUGAUUCCCAUUUUGGCUAACAUCCUGGAGGCGGAUCAGGAGAAAUGCUGGGGAUUCGACCAGUUUUUUGCAGAAACCAACGACAUUUUGCACAGGAUUGUGGUCGACGUCUUCUCCCUGCAGCAGGCUUCCUCCCAUCGCAUCUACAUCCACUCCUACAACACUACCACCAAGUUUUUAGAUGCUGUCUUCAAACAAACUAAUAUAGUCCCUCACCACCAAGAAUAUUUUUUUGAAGGUCAUCUGUAUGAACUGGAUCCUAAUCUACAAGCUCAUAGUUUCUGCACAACCACAGAGCGCAACCCUCUGACCUUGCUGAGCUCUGCUGAGCAACCAGAAGAGGUGGUAGGAGUCAGAUACAGAGACCCGGCACUUGAGUUUCCAAAGUUUGUCCCCAAGGUGGACGUGGUGGCCGACUGCAGCGCAGCCAAGAGCGCGGUGGGGGCCGUGCACCAGACGCUGCGCAUCGCCCAGGCCCUGCGGCGCUGCCGGGAGCUGCUGGCCAGAGGUCUCCACUGGGUGAUUGGGGACCUGAAAACGGAGUGCUCGAGGAUUUUGGAGCAGAGGAGAGGGGCUCAUUCGGUGCUCACCUGCCUGCAGCAAACUGAGGUGAAGACCCUCGUGCUGUACGAGGCUGUUCCUGCAGGUAGCGGGGUGCCAGCUCUGAAGGAUGUGGCCGUGGUGAAGACAAGGCUGCAGAGGGUCUCCGAGGAGCUCUCUCAGUGCUCCCACAACAUCUUCGACCUGCAAGGGGUGCUGGAUGGGAUUUUAUCCGAGCUGGUGAAGCACAGGCAGCAAGUGCAUGAAGACAAAAGCAUCCGGCAGAUCGAGUGCUGCCUGGAGAAGAUGCAGCUGAUCUACAAGCAGUUCAAGAAGGCCAGGACGUGUCUGCGGCUGGGCUACAACGAGGAGCAAAUACACAAACUGGAUAAGGUGAAUUUAGGGCAUCUGGCCAGGAAGGUUCUGUUGAUUUUCCAGGAGGACUGUGUCCAGCGGUACCAGGAGGCCCUGGCCCUCCACGGCAGCAGGAUGAGGAAAGUUUGUGAGAUAAAGAAGCACCUGAAGAGGCUCAGCAACCACAUCAGCGCCUGCAGCGUGGAGACCAUGGAGUGCCAGGACUGCCUGCAGAGCGCUCUGGACAGGUUUCUCCAGAUGGAGAAACAGAGUUUGGCCCCGGAUCCUUCUGCACCUUCACCUGUCCAUCCCAGCCAGGCACGCCAGGAGAUAGCUUUUCGGAUGCAGGAGAUCCUGGAGCAGAUGAGGUCAGUAACUUGUGAUCUCCAGUUCAACAACAGCAUCAUCGAGCGGUUAGGUGGAGCUGCCCCCACUCCUGGUGUUUGAGACGUGGUGAAUUUGCAGCUGCUGAAGCCAAACCGCUUUCCUCAGCAGGGAACACUGACAGCACUUUGGGUCCAGAGCCAUGGAGACGUUUGAUGUUCGUGCUUGAGGAGCUCUCUGUGUCCUACCUCUCCGCUCCAGCACUUUUGCACAGUUGACCAGCAUUAGCUUUGAGUGGCUUCAAGCCUUGAGCCUUUGAAAGUUUGACCAGAAAAUUGGGGGUAUAUUUUUUUCCUUUUUAAAAGUGCUUGAAGGACUUAAUGUUUUUCUAGCUUCUGUGUAUCACCGUGUCGGAUGAUGAAGAGGAAGAGGCUAGACAGACAAA